AUGUCUAGCCAAUCUUCAACUAACUAAUAGGAAUUUUAAUCCAAUCAACAAGCAAAUAUGCAAUAAACAAUACCCGAGUAUGUUGCUCCUCAACAACAUGAACAUUUUUAGCAAACCACAGAUAUUUAAAUUGCAAUAAAGGAAGCAUACAAAGAAAAAUCUGCAAAAUACGCCAAUUUUUUCAACGAUUAUACAAGUGAAUACAAACUUUUAAAAAAAAUAACUCACGAAUGCUAAGUUAAGUGCUAUGCAAAUGAAGCCCUUAGCAUUAAGGAGUCAGAAUCAUGCGCUAGAUCUUGCCUAAGACCUUAUUUGACCUUUAAAAAAAUCACAGGAGAAAAACUAUAAAAUUGCGAAGACUUAUUUUAAAGAGAAGAAUCCAAAUGCACAUCUGUCAAUCUAGACACUAAAUAAUGCUAUAGCAUGCUCAACGAAAAAUUAGCACAAUGUCUUAAGCAAAAUGCAGGAUUUUAUUCUAAAACUUAUGCCAAAAUCUUUAAGGAGUUUGAUUCUAUCGUUGAAUAUUGA